GUCAACACUCGCCGCGGCGCCACAGACAUUCAAAGCCGGAUUUCACAUCAUCUGAGGGCUCCCACUGCCGGUUCUUCUGAUGUCCAAAUACAAACUGUUCCUGCUGAGGCAUGGAGAGGGGGCCUGGAACAAAGAGAACCGCUUCUGCAGCUGGGUGGACCAGAAGCUGAGCGAGAAUGGGUUAAGGGAGGCCCAGGACUGUGGCAGGCUCCUGAAGGAGCAGGGCUACAAGUUCGACUUGGUAUUCACCUCUAUACUGAGCCGCUCUAUCCAAACCGCCUGGCUGGUGCUCGAGGCUAUGGGCCAGGAGUGGGUACCUGUCGUCAAGUCCUGGAGACUGAAUGAGCGACACUAUGGCUCCCUGAUUGGCUUGAACCGUGCGGAGAUGGCUUUGCAACACGGAGAGGAAAAGGUGAAGUUGUGGAGAAGGGGCUACGACAUCACCCCGCCUUCGAUCGAGGAAUCUCAUCCUUACUUCCUGGAAAUCUACAACGACCGCAGGUACACCACUUGUGACGUGCCGAAGGAGAGUCUUCCCCGAGCAGAGAGCCUGAAGGAGGUGUUGGACAGAAUGCUUCCGUACUGGGACAGCACUGUGGUGCCAGAGAUAAGGAGAGGCAGGACUGUGCUGGUUUCUGCUCAUGGAAACAGCUGCAGAGCCCUGCUGAAACAUCUGGAAGGUAUAUCAGACGAGGACAUAGCCAGCGUCACUCUGCCCACAGGGAUACCUGUGCUGCUGGAGCUGGAUGAGAACCUCAGGCCUGUGAAACCACGACAGCUCUUAGGAGACCAGGCGAAGAUUCAGGCAGCCAUUAAAAAGGUGGAGGACCAGGGAAAAGCCAGACCAUCAACAUGAAUGCACUAAACUGGCUGUGAGACUGAAUAUCGCUCUGUUCAUGUCUCUACAGAGUCUCUUUGAAAUACUCAAAAAGUAGACGAUACCAACAGCAUCAAUUUAUUGUUGGUACGAUGAAAAGAACAAGAGUACGUUUUAAACCCCAUUAAGACCUGGUAUUAAUGUCUCAGGUGAU